CUUCGCUUGAAGCCAUAACGAUGUGUGGGGAAGACGGCAAAGCAAUCAAGCAAAUACUUUUCCUUCCUCUUCUUCUCCAAAAGUCGUUUGUUUUCACAUUUCUUUCGAUUCCCACUUGACUCUCCGAGAAACCUUUGCAGAUCAACAAACCCAUCUUCUGAUUCUGGAAACCCUAACCCACCCGGUUCCGAUUCAGACAAACGGGUCGGAGACCGAUUUUGAUCUCGAACUCGAUUCUUUCUCAGAUGAAAGUAUCAAAAAUUGAGAAUUUGAGGUUGUUUGAGUCUUAAUCAUCUCGAUCAAUGUCGCGUUUUCCCCGUGGAUUUGUGGAGAAUUCAUCAAUGGAGGAACCCAAAAUCGCUCGUCGUCCAACUAUUUGCUUCAGACCAAUAAACCCUUCUGAUUUAGAACGUUUGGAGCAAAUCCAUCGUGACAUAUUCCCAAUCAGGUAUGAGUCUGAGUUUUUUCAGAAUGUUGUCAACGGAGGUGAUAUUGUCUCUUGGGCUGCUGUUGAUCGGAGUCGCCCUGAUGGUCAUUCUGAGGAACUUAUUGGAUUUGUUACUGCCAAAAUCGUACUUGCCAAAGAAAGCGAAAUAUCAGAUCUAAUAAGAUAUGACUCGUCGAAGGGAGAGGGGACAUUGGUGUACAUCCUAACACUUGGAGUUGUAGAAACAUACAGAAAACGUGGAAUCGCUAAGGCACUUAUUAACGAGGUCGUCAAAUACUCUUCUGGUAUCCCUGUGUGCCGUGGUGUUUACCUUCACGUGAUUGCACACAACAAUCCCGCAAUCCGGUUGUACAAAAGAAUGUCUUUCAGAUGUGUAAGGAGGUUACACGGAUUCUACUUAAUCAACGGCCAGCAUUUCGAUUCUUACUUGUUCGUCUACUUUAUCAACGGUUCUCGCUCUCCUUGCUCACCCUUGUAUGUACAAAACACAAGUAUUUUUUGCAUUCUAAAUUCUGUUUGCUGUGAUGUUUCUUUGCGGUUUCUUCAUAGAUGGGGUUAUCGCUGAAUCAUGGCUGCAUUGCAGAGAUCUUGCGGUGUUGGUUCUGAAUUAUAUGAGGAGCGGAAUCAAAUCUUUCGCAUCAAAGCUGACGGUGAACCACGAUGAGAAAGGCUCGAAAUGGCUUAAAAGCAAAGACAACACGCGGUGUCUCUUGCCCACUCAGACUAAACGAAACCUUGCAUCGGAAAGAGUAUCAUCCGGGUAUGAUUACGUAUAGUGUCCGUCUCCCAUUCAUAGACUUUGUAAAAUCAUUCAUUUUAAUGUCUUCCAUUAAGCUCUGGUUGUGAUCCUAUUGUGUGUGUUCGUGUAGAAUAAUAAUGUGAUAAAAAUGUAAAUAUUGUGAUGUGAUAGUUGAAGACAACUCUUUGGGACGGAGGGUUCAAUCCACUGUUAGUCUUAUUGUCUUAAAUUAGUUAGCUUGUUGAAAAAAUUAGCUUUGUGCUUUAUGGCGUG